AUGAAGAACAAAACUCACCUGACUCAAAGUCUCUUCGGACUGUGUCCUGCAGCCGCUGCCUGCUCAUCCUCCGCCUCUGACACUGACACAAGGAGGAUCAGCACCGUCAACACCGGACACACCGGACACACUUCCACAUGUGAAGCAGCCGAGCUCCGCCGCAGGAUCCAGGCUCCAUGGCUCUGCGCUCCUGAUGUUCUGUGUGGAAGCGUCUCCUACUGCGACCAUAGACUACUGCUACUGCUGCUGCUGCUGAGAGGGAAGCUGGCCUCAACCACCGCACACGACUUCCGCUGA